GAGAGGGCCUUGUUGACGGGGAGCGCCGCCGACGGCGGGAGCUGCGGAGGGCGCAGCCGUCUGCCAGAAGCACCUCACGGUUCAGAUCCCGCGCCACCUCUAUCCAUGUCUUCUUCUAGCUCCCGUGCCACCUCUCGGUUCGAGCUUCCGGUGCGCAUGGAGAUGCCGAUCCUCCUCUGUCCGCGGUGCCGGGCGCCCGUUGAUCGGAGGAUUUCGCGCACACCGAAGAACACCAACCGUCCGUUCUACGUGUGCAGCAGCGAGAAAGGGAUAAAAUGCUUCUUCGUUUGGGUCGAUGUUUUGCUCCAGACGCUGAUGAAUCAGCUGCUAGAUGAGCACGAAGAAUGGUUGCCCAUCUUGCCACAGACGACACGGGUCGCCGCGAUAGCUAGUGCAGAAGAGACGCAGGGCGGAGCACGCAUUGACAGAGAGGUAGCUUUUGUGCUAAGGUGGAUGAACCAGAAGAUUAGAGAGCUCGAAGAUCAAUCAAAAAUUUGGAAUUACAUUUGUGCAUUUGUAGGUGGUAUUGUCAUCGCACUAGGUUUAAUGUUGACAUUGUAUGGAAAGGCAUGAAUUUGUGAUGAAUUUGUAAGCUUCAAAUUGUAUGAACUUGUAAGCUUGAAUUUGCAAGCUUGAAAUAAAUAAAUCUGAUCAAAAUUCGAUAGUGGCAA